ACACGAGAGUAGCAUGCUAAAGUAGUGUGCUUACUAAUAGUGCUGAGGAGCCUCAGCCUUCUGUUAUAGCAUCCAAGCUAGUGUGCUAGUGCGCAGUUUGGGAUGUUUCUCUCUUUGUAAGUUGACGUUGUUGCUGCUACAGGAAGUUGGUGUUGAGGUGAAGGAGUGGAUCUGAGAAGGAUGUGGGCUGAGCAGACACGAGGGAUCCACGUUACACAGGCUGAGCUGCUCUGCAAAGAUGGCUGUGGGUUUUAUGGCAACCCGGCCUGGCAGGGAUAUUGUUCCAAAUGCUGGAGAAAAAGGACGCGCAAGACUGAAAGCAGCAAAGAGGAUCAUGGGCUCCAUGAUGACGGAAGUUCCCAGCUUAACUUGUCUAAAACCGAAGAGAAGAAAAUUGUGGAGAAGGGUAGAAAGUCCAGCAGUAUUAUGCGACUCUUCUGGGGGAGUUCUUCACCACCACGACAAGAGUCACUUGAAGGCCGUGAAGCAGCCCUGAAGGCCUUCCAGAGUUUGGAUCCUGGCGAUUUCCCCGGCUUUCUCAAACUGCUGCGCAAGCCAUCCUCCCAACGUCUGCAGUCCUGCUGCACAGCCUUCCUCAACACCAUCGAUGCUUACCAUGACUUGCCUGUACAGAAGCAGUCUGACCUGGUGCAGGAUUUCUACCAGAAUAUUUCUGCUCACUUCAAUGGUCUGCCUGAGCAGCAGGUUUCUCAGAUGAUGGAACAUGUCGAGAAGUUCAUCAUGACUCGUCUCCACAAGUGGGUCUUCUGCCAUGACAGCUGCGAUGAUGAACAGAAGGAUCUAACACUCCAGAGAAGGAUCAAGUCAUUGAACUGGGUUACUCCUGAGAUGCUGCGCGUGCCUUUUCCACAGGGUAGCUCAGACAACAGUGACCCGUAUUUAUCAGGAAUUACAGCCAUCAUAGAGAUGGAUGCCAAGCGUGCGCCUCAGGAUAAACUGACCUGUUUGUUCAAGUGCAGUCAGCAUAUUUUUCAGGCGCUCGCCUCCGAGAACAGGCAGCCAGCGAAUGCAGAUGACUUCUUGUCCGCUCUGAUUUACGUCGUACUGAGGGCCAACCCUCCCCGUCUGCACUCCAACAUAAACUACGUUGUCCGCUUUGGUCUGCCACACAGCCUGAUGGCAGGGGAGAGCGGCUACUACUUUACAAACCUGUCAUGCACUGUUGCCUUCAUUGAGAAGCUGGACGGCCCGGCUCUUAACCUCACCCCAGAGGAGUUUAAUAGGUAUAUGCAAGGCCGAAGAAUGCCUUCUGAGCCAGCAGAAUGCACUGGUCAGAGGAGAGCCCAGGAAAACCGAGAGCAGUUGGAAAAACUAAAGAACCGACAGGAGAAGGUCGAACAAGGUGUGCGUGCUUUUCAGGAACAGCUGGAUUUGUGGGUACGUUCUGUACAGGACCAGAUAGAUGAAGUCAGGACUCAGUCAAUGUUGGUCCUGAAAGAUGAUGUAGCUGAAGCUCAGCCUGAAAAGACUGUGUGCUGACUGUUAUUUAAAGAAAGCAGUUUCCAUUUUGUUUGUGUGCUGAAUCUGCACUGUUGGAAUUAAAAAAAAAAAGACGGAUGGUACAAAAUUUUGUAGCUUCUGUUACUUCACACUGGUGCUGGAAUCUAGAAUUUGGCAGAUUGAAAAAUUAAUUAGCACUGUUUUUGCACUUGUGUACAGAUGAUGAAAAGUAAAUAUUGAAAUAUUCAACGAAGGACCAGGGUGUGUGGUUUUUUUUUUUUUUGUUUUUUUCCUCCCCCCUCCUUUCCUCCCCACAAUAUGGAGAGGAAAAGCAUAUUCAAACUCUGUUGCUACUCACCAAGUUUGCAGUAUGCCCUUUUGUCCUUGUAAAUGUUGAUGAAAACAGCAUUUGUUACAGUUAAAGAUGGAGGUCUGCAUCAGUUUGGGCAAGGUAAUUUUUCUCCUCUGCUAAUGCGCCAUAUAAAAAUUAUUUCCUUACUUUCUUAGUCUCAGGGUUUCAUUUAUAAGCUUAUGACUUGGCUCACUUGCCAUCAACGUGUCACCUUCAUCACUCCUGUUUUAGCUCGUGUGACUUGCAGGUCACAGUUUGAAGCUGUUCAUCAGGGAAGAAAAGUUGCCACAAGUGAGCACAGCAAGGUCAUCAGUAAAUACUCCUGACUUCUGCACAGUUUUUUGGAAGAUCAUGACAGCAAGUUAAUGUCAGCUUGUUCUUAAGCUUUAGACUACACUAGAUGUAGCACUAAAACCUUGGAGCUAUAGUACAAUUAAAAUCUCAAUAUUUUGUUCAUCUGCUUAGAAAAAGUACCAUGUCAUCCAGUAAACACUAGUUAAGGCAUUUGUUGGAUGGAGUAGCCUGAAAUCACUGGAAAUCUAUGCAUAUAAACAUGCAAAACUUUUAGAUUUUACUAUCUGGGUGUUGAUGCUACAUGGGUUCUAUGGAGCACUGGUGGAUUUACUCAGUGUUUUUUGAAUUGCAGUACUACUACAAAAUCUUCUGGCAAAUUAAUGUUAAGUAAUGACCUUUUUAUGUGGCUUUUCACAAAAUGUUUGUUUACAGAUGUUAUAUUUUGUUAUAACUCUUGGGUUUUGUGUAUCUGGUGUUUUAAAAAAAAAAAUUGCACAAAACAAGCAGAAGCUGGUAGUUAAGUGUUGAAUGGAGAUGGAUAUACCAUAGAUGCAGGACAUGCCUAUGAUCUUUCUCUUCCGAUAAGCAGUGGUGAGAUUGUUCUGAAUAAGCAGUGUGUGUGUCCCCAUACUGAUAAUUUAGUGAAGUAUGAUGCAGUCUAUGCAGUUAUUAAUGAACUGUGAAAUUAUGUAUCUCUUCUUUUUUCCACUCUGGAUUGUUUAUUUACGUAUUUAAAAUGAAGGCUUGUUAAAUAAAUGUGAAUUUAAAGUUAUCAAUAAAAAAAAUUCAGCAAA